CCCUACACAAAAUGGAAAGGUUGCUAUAGUGACUGGUGGUGCUAAAGGAAUUGGUUAUCAAACUGUGAAGCAUUUGGCAAGACUUGGCAUGCACGUUAUAAUAGCUGGAAACAGUGAGAGUGAGGGCCAAGAAGCAGUGAGGAAAAUACAAGAAGAAACUUUGACUGGAAAAGUGGAGUUUUUAUACUGUGAUUUGGCUUCCAUGAAGUCUAUACGGCAAUUUGUGCAGCGGUUUAGAGCAAAGAAUUGUCCACUCCAUGUCCUGGUGAAUAAUGCUGGGGUGAUGCUGGUCCCCGAAAGGAAGACAGAGGAUGGGUUUGAGGAGCACUUCGGCUUGAACUACUUGGGACACUUCCUGUUGACUAACCUCCUCUUGGAUACGCUGAAGCAAUCAGGAACGCACAGUCACAACGCUAGGAUCAUCACUGUCUCAUCAGCCACCCAUUAUGUAGGCAAAUUGCACCUGAACGACUUACAAAGCAGAUGUUCGUAUUCACCCCAUGGAGCCUAUGCCCAAAGCAAACUUGCCCUUGUGUUAUUUACCUAUCGACUACAGCAUCUUCUGACUGCAAAUGGAAGCCAUGUGACUGCUAAUGUAGUAGACCCGGGAGUAGUGAAUACUGAGCUCUACAAACAUGUCUUUUGGGUUAUAAAAGUGGCCAAAUGGAUGACAGCCUGGCUAUUUUUCAAGACUCCAGAGGAAGGAGCUUCUACAAGCAUCUAUGCAGCAGUAUCACCUGAGAUGGAAGGAGCUGGCGGCUGCUACCUUUAUAAUGAGGAAAGGACAAAAUCAGCUGACGUAGCAUAUGAUGAGGAGCUGCAGAGAAGGCUCUGGACAGAAAGCUGCAAGAUGGUUGGGAUUUCUGAUGAAUCCAGCAGAGUUCCCUAGAAGAAGCCACUUCCAGCUGGGUAAAUGAAAUGUAUUGACAAGCAUCUUAGGUGAAUUCUUGCAGCAUCAGUCAUCAUCCUGGAAAUCACUAUUAAGUCCCAAAGGCAAACAUGAACAGCUCUGUUCUUCACUUGAACCCUUAGUCUGCUAGGGUGUGGGGGGAGUAUUCCCGCAGAAAGAUGUAGUGGUUGGUUUUAAACCAUCAGUUUUGUAAAUCAUGAUGUUUCAGUCUGUGAU